GAGAGAGAGAGGGAGAGAAUGAGUGAAUGAUUCAAGGAAGUAGAGCUCGAAAGAGAGAAGUGAGAUUAGUUAACUAUAUUUAAUUGCAAUUGAAACUAACCAGUUCAUUUUUAACUUGGUUGCAGUUAUAAGUUGAUGAUAUUCAAAAAUAUUAUUACUGAUUCUUCAACGUAGAAAACUCAUUACGUUUUAACAACGAAAGCCAUUGUGUAUCAUAAUUAAUAUUUCGAUUUAAUUUAGAAAUCAGAACUUACUCUGAGCAUUUUAAAAUAAGGAAUCAACUAAAGAGCAGCAAUUUACCUCCAGUUAACAACAAUGAAAUUAAUAACUUCGGUAUUAUUAGCGGUUACUGUUAACGCUGUUUCGGAGAAAAACAUUUUACACUCAAACUUAUUCGAAAAUUACACGAAAACGCUUUUGCCUUUUCCUGAUGAUGAAGCUAUAGUGAAAAUAAAUGUAUCUCUUAUUCUUUUGAAAAUCAUUGAAUUAGAUAUCCACAAAGGUUUACUUGCAAGCAAAAUUGUGCUUGGUUUAUCAUGGAGAGAUAACAACUUGAUGUGGAAUGACAAACUGAAUAAUAUAAGUUAUAUAAACGUAGACAUAGAGGAUAUAUGGUACCCGCACGCUUACAUUUGUAACGAUAUGUCAGGUAAUUUCGCUGUUCAUAAAGGAGGAGCCACCAUAGAAUAUGAUGGAACCGUUACGUUUCAUAUGGACGGCAUUUUCCAAACUUACUGCACAAUUGAUAUGCAUAAAUAUCCUUUCGAUGAGCACGAAUGUUAUAUAAAAACUUGUUUGCGCCAUCAAAAGUAUAAAGAACAAACUAUGCAAAACUUUUCCUUUCACAAUAGGCAUGACUCGUCGUCAGAUUCCUGGGAUUUUAAGUUUGUUGUAGGAGACGUCAUGGAAAAUGGAAUUGUAUCGGCUAGGGUUAUUAUUUAUGCAAAUAGAAAAUCGAUGAGUGAAACAUUCACCCAUUUUAUAUUCCCAGCACUGCUGACAAUAUUGAACUUGGGUGUGUAUGUAUUGCCUGCUGAGACGGGAGAAAAGGUAUCAGUUGCAAUUACUAUUUUCCUUGCCAAUGUCGUUUAUUUAACAGAAUCGGCCAAGUCGUUGGGUUCUAAAUCUCGUGGAGUCUCAAGAUAUUUGUUAUAUCUCCUAAUUCUGACACUUAUCAGCGGCUUUUCUACCUUUGUCUCCAUAAUUGUGUGUAAAUUUUAUGUCAACGAGACCGCUGUGCACGAGACCUCAAUCCCAGAAAAAACAAGUGGAUCGAAAAAUAAAGUUGGAAUUAUGGAUGAGUCUGUUCAAGACAAUGUAAUCAUAGAAAAUACAAGUCGAUCGAAGAAGCGUUCAUAUACAUAUAGGAAGCUUGACUGGGUAUCUUUUUUUGUAACUCUUAUAUUCUUGUUAAGCUACAUAGUUUUCGCAGUUGUAUAGACAGCUCAGAGUGGAGAACAUGAAGGAAAGAGCAGUCGAUUAGGAGAGAUGAACAAACGUUAAUCCCUACAAUUCUCUCACCGUGUUUUGUGUACCCUAUUAAUCCUUUCUGUCGAAGAGCGUAGGCUCGAAACAUACUAUACUUUUCUAUUCUUCCGGAGCGUUAAACUAAUACAUCGGAUUUUGUUCCUUUAGCUGCCUGCGCCUUGUGUUUUCUGUAAAUUUGAACUAUAUGCAUAUGUUCUGAACCACAAAUACUUAAAUUACAAAAGACGAACAUCUGCUGGUAGACUGUGAUUUAGCGAAGUGUGUAUAUCUUAAGAGUAUGUGGUCGACAAUGUUCAUUAUAAUACCACUGCUUCUAUUUCGUAUUUCAAUAUAAUUACAUACAUAUUCUACUUGAAACAAUUCUGUCUUUAGCAAAUUUUAACCAAGCAACAGUCAAGAUUAAGAAAGACCUAAUCUGAACUAAAAGGAUAUUUGAUCCGCAUAAUAUUA